UGUGGGGAAGAGCAGUAAUUUGUCAGAGUUCAGAGAGCUGCAGAGAGAAGAUGGCGGCGUUACGAGUCGUGGUGCUCUCCAGCAGUGGGAGAGCCCUCCUCGGCACUCCGAAAACCAUCAAGACCCCAAAGGCCAACAUGUCUUUUGCCAGCCUGCCUCGCAGCAAGAAAGUUGCCCUGACGACGCUCGGCGUGGUCACCGCUGGUGGGGCGGGGCUGGCCAUGAUGCUGCACCAGUCUGUCAAAGCCUCAGACCUGGAGCUCCACCCACCUAACUACCCGUGGAGCCACGCCGGACCCCUGUCGUCUCUGGACCACGCCAGCAUUCGCCGUGGUUACCAGGUGUACAAGCAGGUGUGCUCGGCCUGUCACAGCAUGGAGUACCUGGCUUUCAGGAACCUGGUGGGGGUGUCGCACACGGAGGACGAGGUCAAGACCAUCGCUGAGGAAGUGGAGGUGGUAGAUGGACCCGAUGAGACCGGGGAGAUGUUCACCCGACCCGGGAAGCCGUCCGACUACUUCCCCAAGCCCUAUCCCAACCCCGAGGCCGCCCGGGCAGCCAACAAUGGCGCUCUCCCGCCAGACCUCAGUUACAUCGUCAACGCCAGGCACGGAGGUGAGGACUACGUGUUCAGCCUCCUGACAGGCUACUGCGAGCCCCCGGCAGGUGUGACUGUGAGGGAGGGGCUCUACUACAACCCCUACUUCCCCGGUCAGGCCAUUGGCAUGGCGCCGCCCAUCUACAACGAGAUUCUGGAGUAUGAAGACGGAACCCCCGCCACCAUGAGCCAGGUUGCUAAGGACGUGUGCACCUUCCUGAGGUGGGCGGCGGAGCCGGAGCACGACCAGCGCAAACGCAUGGGACUCAAGCUGCUGAUGGGGUCGGCCAUCUUGGUUCCACUCAUCUACUACAUGAAGCGACACAGGUGGUCUGUGCUCAAGAGCAGAAAGAUCGCCUACAGGCCGCCCAAAUAAGGCACACAACCCCACCAUGUGGAGACUGAGGGUGGAGCUGGACACACACACACACACACACACACACACGCCUUUCUCAGUGUAUUCCUCCAGAAACAACUUGUGAAGCGCUGAGGUGCACGCUUGUAUGGAACGAGUUGUGCGCUUCACAGUUUUGUUUUUCUGCUGGCGCCAGUCGACGUGUGUCAACAUCUGGUCGAUUGAUUGUCCGUUUGUUAAAUACUCGACCAUCAUGUGAGGAUCAGACCUCUGUUUUACUGUAUAAAAUAAAUUAUAUGAAAGGAAACUCGGUGUGUUGUUGCUUAG